AUGGAGGAAAAUUACUUGAAUUACCAAAACGAAUUGAAUGUGACGGAGUACAAUUACAGCCUCCUCAAUGAUUCGUUCUACAACGAGGAGGACUACUUGGAGUACAUCUUCCCCAAGCCCUGGAUGUGGCCGUUGAUAUUUUUUCAUUGCGUCGGCUUCCUCAUCGGCAUCGUCGGCAACUGUUUGGUCUGCGUGGCCGUCUACAGGAACCACAGCAUGAGAACCGUCACCAAUUACUUCAUAGUCAACCUGGCCGUGGCAGAUUUUCUCGUUAUACUCUUCUGCUUGCCUCCUUCCGUGGUCUGGGAUGUCACCAGCACCUGGUGGUUUGGGACUGCGAUGUGCAAAAUUGUGCUGUAUUUACAGGUAAGUGAUAUUUAUAACAUUAAAAAAAACUUGGUCCAUUAA